GAACUCCGUGGCUCAGGCUGACUAUGUAGUGCCAUUGUGAAAGAAGAGCGAGAGAGUGAGUGAGAGAAAGAGGGCACAGACUUUCUCUACCUGGUGAAUGAGUUACUGAGAGGAGAGAGCAGCAGGAAAGAAUAUCAGCUUUCACAGGGCUGUGUUUUCCAUUGGAUUACAAACAACAAGAGGGAGAGAUAUUUCCCAGAACACACGUAGAAGCUUCUGUCAGGGUGAUAAUGAAGCUUCUAGCAUCAUUAGCAGUGGUGCUCCUCCUGGUGGCGGUGGAGAGCAUGGCGGCAAGAGGCACAUCCAGGAGGACGAAGAGGGAGCUGAUGAGCCCGCUGCACAUGGAGGGCAUCAGGGACCCGUUUGGGUCGUACUGCGAGCAGCGGGGUGGCUGCUGCCCGGGUCGUGAGGAUCAGUGCACGGUGCCCUACCUGGACACCAUCUGUUACUGUGACCUGUUCUGUAACCGCACCGUCUCCGACUGCUGCCCCGACUUCUGGGGCCACUGUCUGGGCAUCUCACCCCCUUUCAUUGGCACCUGUGAAAGAAACGGACACAAAUUCCUCUCAGGACAGACAUACAAAGAGAACUGCAACUUAUGCACGUGUGGAACAACUGGGCGUUGGGAGUGUGAGCAGCAUGCCUGUCUGAUAGAGAAUGAUAUGAUCCAGGCUGUCAACAGAGGAAACUUUGGCUGGCGGGCAGCAAACUACAGCCAGUUCUAUGGCAUGUCUCUGGACGAGGGCCUGAGGUAUCGCCUGGGGACACAGAGGCCCUCCAGGACCAUCAUGAGCAUGAACGAGAUGCAGGUGAAUAUGGAUACUCAGAAUGACCGUCUGCCUCAGUACUUCAACGCAGCAGAGAAGUGGCCUGGAAAGAUCCAUGAACCCCUGGACCAGGGCAACUGUGCUGCGUCCUGGGCCUUCUCUACUGCAGCGGUGGCAUCGGAUCGAAUCUCCAUCCAGUCGAUGGGUCACAUGACCCCUCAGCUGUCGCCCCAGAACCUAAUUUCCUGUGACACGCGCAACCAAGGGGGCUGUGCUGGAGGACGUAUCGACGGAGCCUGGUGGUACCUGAGACGCAGAGGUGUGGUGACAAAGGAGUGCUACCCGUUCUCUGCUCCCCAGCAUACGCCAGCGGAGGUGGGCCGCUGUAUGAUGCAGAGUCGCUCUGUGGGCAGAGGGAAGAGACAGGCUACUGCACGCUGCCCCAGCACACACACCUACCACAAUGAUAUCUACCAGUCUACACCUCCCUACAGGCUCUCAUCAAACGAGAAGGAGAUCAUGAAGGAGAUUAUGGAUAACGGCCCAGUGCAAGCCAUCCUGGAGGUCCAUGAGGACUUCUUCGUCUAUAAGAGUGGGAUCUAUAAACACACAGACGUCAGCUUCACCAAACCGCCACUCUACCGCAAACACAACACACACUCCGUCAGGAUCACAGGGUGGGGAGAAGAGAGGAACUAUGAUGGGACAACUAAGAAGUACUGGAUUGCUGCCAACUCGUGGGGGAAGAACUGGGGGGAGAACGGCUACUUCCGCAUCGCUCGCGGAGAGAAUGAGUGUGAGAUCGAGGCGUUCGUGAUCGGCGUGUGGGGUAGGGUCACCAUGGAAGACAUGCAAAGCCACCAUCACCACCAACAUCGCCGACGCAAGUAGAGACAGGCACUCCAGGAACUCAGCAUCCCCAGAGCCCCUACCCUUCACCCCGUACCCACUUCCCCUUCCUACCCUGGGGGAGCAACUCAACCAGCCCCAGACCCCCUACCCUUCACCCCGUACCCACUUCCCCUUCCUACCCUGGGGGAGCAACUCAACCAGCCCCAGACCCCCUACCCUUCACCCCGUACCCACUUCCCCUUCCUACCCUAUGGGAGCAACUCAACCAGCCCCAGACCCCCUACCCUUCACCCCGUACCCACUUCCCCUCAGUAGCCCCUACCCUUCACCCUGUACCCACUUCCCCUUCCUACCCUCGGGGUGCAACUCAACCAGCCCCGUACUAAACUCUGGGGGAGCAACACAACCAGAACCCCAGAGUUCACACUCUGACCCUUGGAGGAACCAACUACCCCAAGAACCACUUCUCUUACCCCUUACACCAAUAUCCCCUUACCCAACACUGGAGGUAUUGGGUAAGGCCACCCCCAAGUUAACUCAAGGUUUAUGGCAUCAAAACAAGCUCACAGGCUUAGAGGGGCUCCUACAGCCUCCCCGGCUUCAGGACACAGCAAUAAUCUCCUCAGGACUCACUAUCCCAAAGACCACACUUCCCAGACUCCUUGGCUUUGGCCUGGGAUCGACUGUUUACUUCCUGCUUCUGUUCAGAAGUCUUCAUUUCCACUGUUGUGAUGAUGAAAGGACUGGCUUGAUCUCAACUCUCUUUCUCUGUCUUUCGCUCUCUCUCUCUGGAAGCCAAACACUUACGGACGGAUUGGGAUAGUGAGAACCAGAGAGAUAGAAUGUUAGAUGACACAAGCACCAGAGAGAAACUAACAAUCCACUUGUGUUACAGUUUAGUUAGUGUUAUCACUGAGGACCUAACUCUUAAUCAUGCUAGCUAUAUCAUUGAUUAAUGUAUUCCUAUUACUGUCAGCAGAUCUGCAGUUGCAGUAGCCACGCAUCUCUCUACACAUUCCAAAAAAGCUGCAUUUUACACUGGAAAGAGUCCUGGUCUAAGGCUUGGUGGUAGGUGGGAUUGAGUUUAGUGAACUGUCCUUUUGACCAAUAAUUUAUUUCCCCUCAUUUACCAAAAAACGAUGUUUUCUUUUUAGUACAAUCCUGUACUAUGCUAAGUGCAUAGUACAGGAUGGAGUCUCUGCAAGCUCUGGAAAUGUUCAGUACCACAUAACCUGUCUGGUUAUGGAAGAGAUGGUGUCAAUCUUCCAAUGAUAUCAAAUCAACUUCAGUCUCAUGACCAUGACAGCUCUUGACUGAAUCCAACUGCUUGAACAUAACCUUUCUGUAAGAAUAAUUUUAGUGGGUCAACCAUUUAAAAAUAUCCCUUAAUAGACAGUAUACACUCUUAGAAGUAAUAGAGCCUGGAAGAACCUUUAGAACCAAAGAACCAAUUCUAAAAAUUAUUCGAGGAACCCCUGUGGAAAGGUUUAAAUCUGAACCUUUUUGUGAUGAGUGAGGUUCAAUUUUGAACCUUUUUAAUAAUAUAUUGUAGAGGUGGCAGCCUAUCAGAAGAUUGGAGGUGUAUCUUAUUGGAGGUGUGGCUUUCAGAUAGUUAUUUUUGGCCACCCAUGACAGUAAAUGUCAUUCUUGUUCAUCAUGUAAAGUUUCAUCAUGUUUCAAAUGUCAAUUUUCCUUGAAUAUUUAUGCAUAUUACAUAUUCUAAUAUAAUAUUAAUAAUAUUAACAUUGCUGAUGACAUAAGGUCCAAAAUUGGGAUUUGCAUAGGCUCUUGAGGAACUCAUACACCUCUGUAAGCCUCAUUGAAGCUACAGAACUGUCAUUGUUCAACCUUAACAUGUGAUGAAAAUACAACAGAAAAUCUGAAAGCCACACCCCUACCAAGCCACACCUCCAGUCCAGGGUUCCUACAGGAACACUUUGCUACAUUGAAACAUGAAAGGUUCCUCCAAGAACCCCUCAACUAACCUAAGGUGCAAAUAUUGAGGAACUCCAGGGGUUCAUUGACUACCUCCAGUGUUCCUCGAGUCACCACUAAUUCUAAGAGUGUACAGUACAUUUGAAAGCAGAGAUGAAGCAAGCAAGGAGCUUUAAAAAAACACUUUCCGUUUAUUAAUCAGCUGGUUGACAAAAACAUAUCUUGGAAAAAAUGAGGCAUUGAUUGAAAUAUCUGAGUUGUCAUUUCUUUGAAGAAGGUAAAAUGGCCACCACCAUGUCAUUUUCAGAUGUUGCUUCAACAUGGAAUCGUCUUGGUUGAUCAAAUACCUUAAAGAAAUAAGCGCUGUUUUUGACCUCUGGUUGAAAGUAUCCAAAGUAUGUGUAUUAUAAUCUUCAUCUGUUUCAUUCCGCGUACACUGUGUUACUAUAAUGCUGAAAGUAUUGUUGUAUUUUACUCCUAUUUUCUUACUUGCUUUGAGAGAUGUGGUUGUCUCACACACUCACUCCUCUCCCCUGACCAGCUGCUUUGAGAGUGCUUGCGUGGUGCACUUACUCCUUCUGAAGGUGAACGCACACAAAGUGCCUGACUCUAGGGAGAGGAGGAGGUCGGACUCAGCUGCCAAAGUCUGUUCAAUGCUCUUUCAUUAUAGCCUAAAUCUCACAGACGCAACAUGCCACUAACACUUCAGUAUUCAGCAUUAGGCAUGUAGGCCUACAACAGACUAAUUGUGACAUUUCAAAGGUUGUGCAUUUCCAAAGAAGUGUUAGGUAGGUAGCUCAAGCCUCAACUGAAGCCAGUAAUCACACAGGUUCUGAUAUACUGAUAUAACUUGAUAUAACUGCCUUAUGUAAUGUUGCCCUAGGUGCUCUUUUUAUACUGUCUCCAAUUCAGAUAUAUUAUUUCUGUGCCUAUCAUGAGGUUUAAUGUCUAAGUUUCCAGAGGUGGCAACUGUCCUUUUAGAGACCACAUCAUGUAUCAGUUCACACUGUGCAGUCUCACUUCACAAUAAACUGCUUGGCUUCCCAGAA